AAAGGUAAACAACGCACAGGAAGAGGAAAAUGAUAGGCAGCCUUAGUCAUCCAUUCUCGGCCAGAGUUGUGGCUUUUCUGGUGGUUUUAUUAAAAAAUACUUGAAUGCUUUUUAUCCCGAUAAGAGCCGGGAGCCAGCUCGAGGCAGAGGUGAAUGCCGAUUUAGCUAUGUUAGCCAUCAGGUCGUCAGAGGAGGAGUCCACUGAGAUGAUGGAGGAGAUGGACACCUCAGAGCCCAACUGGUGCUGGUUCUAUUUGGCUGAGUGUGGCGUGUGGCACAUGUUUGAGAUUGAUCCCAGCGCUGCCUGCUCUGUGACCAGUGCUCAGAUUGAGCAGUGCUACAACAGAAACCAACGUGGUGUGAUGGAAUUCCACACGGCCAAGUACACGUACAGACUGGACUUUGCAGUUAUGCGGCAGAUCAAUGUCACAACAGGGAAGCAGCGGCCAAUUAAACGCUCCCUCCACUCUGCAACUGGCUUCAGGUUUAUCUGUGAUAAUCUUGCCUUGCCUGUUCCCUGUCACUGGGAGAGAAUCAACACAGAUGAACCCUAUCAGCUCAUCCAUCUUGGCAGAGACACGUACGAGUUCAAAGAAGUGGCCCGGCUGUACGAGAGGACGAUGAACCAUCCGAUCAAAUCCAUCCAGAGGAUUCAGAACAUGGACUUGUGGGAGUUCUUCUGCAGGAAGAAAACACAGUUGCGAAAAGUCAAGCGCACGUUGGAUAUUGAGGAGCGGAUGCUGUUUCACGGCACAGGACACAGCAACAUACAGGCGAUAUGUACAUUUAACUUUGACUGGAGGCUGACAGGAAGCCAUGGCGAUGUCUAUGGCAAAGGGAGCUACUUUGCACGGGAUGCCAAAUACUCCAGUAAAUUCUGUCACACCACGGGGAAGCACAACACCACGCUGCAGAGGCACGGCCUCGCGCCGCCAAUAUUUGCCAGCGAGCCGCCAUACAAGACCAUGUUCCUGGCCAGAGUGCUCGUCGGGGAAUACACGGUCGGCCAUCCCCUGUACUGCCGACCGCCCUCCAAGGACGCCAGCUUCACCAACUUCUACGACAGCUGCGUGGACGACAUGGCCAAUCCAAAGAUUUACGUCAUUUUCGACAGCAACCAGAUUUACCCCGAGUAUCUGAUUGAGUUCUAUUGACAACGGACGAGCGCACGCGCGCGCGUGUGUGUGUGUGUGUUCCUUUUUUUCCACAGAGGCUGGAUCUCGCUCAUGGAAACGUUAAGGAUACAGAGUCGGGGGGACGGCGGGAUUACGUGGAAAGAGAAGCGGUUCAGUGUCUGCGUCUUUCGGUCGGAUCCAGUAGCUAACUGGAGCGUGAGUCAUCUAAAGUGCCUUUGGGGGAAAACUGGAAAAAAAAAUAAUAAUCACAACGACAAUGAAGACUUUUUUGUACAGUUUCUUUUUUACUGUACCGUCUCUGUAAGACCGGGCCUUGCGGUUCUAAAAGAAGGAAAUACUAAUUGAGUUUGUAGGGCUUCUUCUUUGUUUCUUUUUUUAUUUAAACGCAGAGUCUGUGCUUGUCUGUUCAAUAUCUGUCGUUUAAGACUCACACGGUGGCACUUUGCAGCCCACGUCCCGCUAUCGGCUACGGCCGUUCCCAUUCCCGACCACAGUGCCACGCAUGAGCUUAUUCACGCGCCGCGGCUCACGUAUAUGACAACACGUCACUCAUUCAACACUGUGGUGCGCCAUCGACGUCUGUGGUUACCUAGUACGGUGUAUUACGUGGCAUGGAUUUUUUUUUUUUUUUAAUUUCAAACACUUCUACCUCUGUGUUGUUGUUGUUUUUUUAAACCAUCAUGCAUCAGUGCACUUUCCCCCCUUUCCAUGAAAGGUUUUGUAUUUGUGUCACAAUGACAUAAAGUUGUGAUGUCAUGCACGAUUUGAUUCCUUGAGUAAUAUAUUCUUCUUCUCCUCCUCAUUCUUCUUCUUCUUCUUCUUUUUCGACACAAUUCUCGUCAGCGACCGCGAUGGAACAAAGUCGCAUCCGACGAGUGUCACGUUAGCGUUCAUGUCAUCUCGGUCGUCCUCCUUUGGGGAACUGGUUCUCUUUGCACCCAGUGUAAAUGUAUUCAUACAAAUACAAUAACAACAAUAAAUGUAGCCAGCACAUGUGUUGUACUGUAAUAAAAAAAAAAGAAAUAUUGCUUU